CUCUAGUCGCCGCUCCUCUGUCUACAGCACAACGCAACAAGCACUUUUGAAACUCUUUAUCAUCUUCAACAUCUGUACUGGUGCAGUCAUCGGGAGGACAAACCCUUCAUGCAAACUGCACCUACUAUUAAGAAGAAGUAUUUACGUUACAUGAAUGAAAACACUUCGUUAUAUUUACAGUAACAGUAACAUAUAACAGAUUUUUAAGACUGCAUAAAUUAUACGCAAGAGGAGAGUGAGUGAGGAUGCUUGCUAGAAGUGUGGUGAUCACGGGGAGCAGCCGGGGCCUGGGGCUGGAGAUGGUGCGGCAGCUGGCCGCAGCUACUAAGUCCCCAGAGCUCAUCAUUGCUACUUGUAGGAACCCUGACUCGGCACAGGUACUGAAAAAGAUAGCAGAGAACCACCAGAAUGUCCACAUUGCUAAACUUGAUGUGGGAGACGAAGCAAGCUAUGAUUCUUUUGUUGCUCAUGUUAAGGAGAUGGUUGGAACCAAUGGGCUGAACCUCCUCAUUAACAAUGCAGGAAUUUCCCCCAGAUCCACUCGCAUCAAUAUGGUUAAGUGGACGCACAUGACUGACACUCUCCAUAUUAAUGCCAUUGCACCACUUAUGUUGACUAAGGCUCUUCUUCCACAAAUAAAAACUGCAGCAUCACAGAUGGAUGGCACUGGCCUGUCGGUGAAACGUGCUGCUGUUAUUAACAUUUCUUCAAUACUGGGCUCGAUUGCACAGAAUGAACAAGGUGGCCAGUAUCCUUACAGAGCUAGCAAAGCUGCCUUAAAUGCCAUUACCAAAUCCCAAAGCAUAGAUCUUAGAAGCUUCAACAUAUUAGUGACCUGUCUUCACCCAGGAUGGGUUCAGACAGAUAUGGGAGGCAAGUCUGCUUCUCUCACACCACUGGAAAGUGUGUCUGGAAUCAUAAAAACACUACAUAAUUUAACAGAGGACCAUCAUGGAGGAUUUUACCUGUAUGAUGGAAAACAAUUACCUUGGUAAUUUAUUGCUUUGAUUGUAAAUACAGUAUUUUAGAACAUUAAAUAUUUUGUACAGUAUAUUCAAUAUGAACAUUUAUUGUUGUCCACAAGAAAAUAUAAUUUAAAGAACCAA